CAAAAUGACAUCACACUGAACUAGCGCAUUGAAUAACCCGAAAAUCGUCACCUAUCACGUCUUUUCACUUUUCGUGCCGAUUUUCGCAUGUAAUUUUCACAUUAAUACAUUCAAAGUCUUUUUUAAUAAACAAAGGUGCCGUAUUUCGCAAGCAAUUUUUACAUUAAGGCAUUCGAAUUCUUUUGUUAAUAAACAAAAUUCACCUAAAGGUGACAUAUUUACUCCAUAUUUAAACGGAACGGAAUAUCCGAACCCGCCUUCUUUUUUAGUAUAUAACCUAACUAAAUCUGACAUGUCAUCUUGGUCUUGUCAAUUUUGUUGAUAAUUUGCAAGUAAUCAUUAGAAAUAAUGGCAUCCGAACGUUAUAGUUUUUCUUUAACUACUUUUAGCCCUUCCGGUAAAUUAGUUCAAAUUGAAUAUGCCUUAGCGGCUGUAGCGGCAGGCGCACCAUCAGUAGGAAUUAAAGCAUGUAAUGGAGUUGUAAUAGCUACAGAAAACAAACAUAAAUCAAUUCUUUAUGAUGAACACAGCGUUCACAAAGUUGAAAUGAUUACCAAACACAUUGGAAUGGUUUAUUCUGGCAUGGGACCAGAUUACCGUUUGCUAGUAAAACAAGCGCGUAAAAUGGCCCAACAAUAUUACCUUGUGUAUCAGGAACCUAUUCCUACAGUGCAAUUGGUUCAGAGAGUAGCAGCAGUAAUGCAAGAGUAUACCCAAUCUGGAGGUGUCAGACCUUUUGGUGUUUCUUUAUUGAUCUGUGGAUGGGACAAUAAUAGGCCUUAUUUAUUCCAGUGUGAUCCUUCUGGAGCCUAUUUUGCUUGGAAAGCUACUGCUAUGGGCAAAAAUUAUGUUAAUGGGAAAACUUUCUUGGAAAAAAGGUACAGUGAAGAAUUGGAAUUAGACGAUGCUGUACACACUGCAAUUUUAACAUUAAAAGAAAGUUUCGAGGGCCAGAUGACAGCUGAUAACAUUGAAGUUGGAAUUUGCGAUGAAUCAGGUUUCAGAAGGUUCGAUCCUUCUACAGUGAAGGACUUUUUGGCAAAUAUCCCUUAAGUUUAUUUCUGUACAUGAAUUUUUUGUAUAUUUAAGGUAUUCACUUGAUUAAAUCUAUAAAUCAUUUUUUUAAAGACGA